CGUUUAAUCCCUAACUUGGAUGAGAAGAUUCGUCUUGCUCGAUCGAUUCAAUCCUUUCCAAAUGUUUUUGUUUAAUUUUGAUGUACCCAAUAGUGUUAUUGUUGGCAUCUUUUUAAUAGUGACCUUUAAAAUCUAUCUUGAAAUAACGAAGGGAGUCUGUAGAAGCAAGAAGAGACUUGAUGGGAAAACAAUUAUUAUUACAGGUGCGAAUACUGGCAUCGGUAAAGAAACGGCCCUAGAUCUCGCACUAAGAGGCGGUCGAAUAAUUUUAGCCUGUCGAUAUUUGAAAAAAGCAACCCUAGCAAAAGAUGAUGUUGUUGAAAAAACAGGAAACAACAAUAUUGUUAUCAAGAAGCUUGAUUUGGCCUCUUUUGAUUCUGUCAGAGAAUUUGCAGCUGAUGUAUUGAAAAAUGAGCCCAAAUUACAUAUCCUCAUCAAUAAUGCUGGAUGUGCUGGGAUUGAGAAAAGAAGGACAGUGGAUGGUUUAGAAAACCAAAUGCAAACUAACCACUUUGGCCAUUUUUUGCUUACAAAUUUACUUAUAGGCUUGAUGAUUGAGACUGGUGAAAAGGAACAGGAGGAAACCCGCGUUAUUAACGUCAGCGCCGAUCUCAGCUUUCUGUGUCGAAAUUUGAACUUAGAUGAUCUGAAUUUUGCCCGUGACAGUACUGCAGGAACACUGUUGGCACCUUUAAAAAUUUACGGAGCGUCGAAGCUUUGCAACAUUCUCUUCAGCGUCGAACUAUCGAACAAACUCCAAUCCCACGGAAAAGCUGUUACUGUGAACUCUCUGCACCCAGGAGCAGUGUUAACCGAGUUUGGUCGUUUUUCCAUAGUAGCAAACAUUUUUAUGAGAUUGUUCGCUCCUUUUUUGAAGUCACCAAGAGAAGGCGCACAGACCACAAUUUAUUUGGCGGUCGCUGACGAUGUUGCAAACGUGACAGGACAAUAUUUCCGAGAUUGCAAGGUUAGCUAUUUCCAAUAACAAUUAUUCUUCAUAGCCUCGUAUGCCCAUGCCCUUAUUUAAAUGCUCUACAAAGAACAUUUGUUUGUUUCAAAUCAGAUUGUUAAACCUUCAAAGCUGGCACAAGAUGUUGGAAUUGCAAAAAAAUUGUGGGAAGUGAGCGAAACAAUCGUUAAAUUGGAACCUAAGGAAAAAUAUUUUUAAUACGUUUUUCGGCGCCAUCCGUCACAUUUGAAAACACUUCUUUCGCGGAAAUAUCUUGUUCUGUUCUAUUUCUUAUUUUAUCUACGGAUAGCUUUUUAGCCAGAAGCACGGUUAGAAACUUAACAAUCAAUCCUUUUCCUGGGAUCGUUUAUUUUCUUAAAUAAUUCAAUCGUAGUAUUUGUUUGCAGUUUCGUUUAUUCGUCGUAUUCGUCGUAUGAAAUAUUUGACAUAUCUGUUAAUAUUUGAAAUAUUUGAAAUAAUGAGCAUUAGUAUUUUAAAUAAUAGGUGGAAUUUAAUUCAUUGUAUAAUUUAAAAUUUCGAUUCCUUGCUAUAGUUGGGCUCAAAUUUUAAAAUAUUUGUUGCACUUCAACAUUUUCGCACUGGGCCUUAACGUAAAGUAAAAGAUCGGUCUAACUCUAGGCAUUUAUGAGCUAAUAACUUAAAAAAUAUCUCGCUACACUAAAAUAUUUCUUGUUCGUUAUUUGUUAAGCAACAAAAAACUCAUUGUCGUGCAACUUUGUUCAUUGCGCACUUAUUGUAACAUGAGGAUCUUCGUGGCUGGUUAUUUUCGAUCGAUCUUAUUACAGCGUUUUCUAUCGGCGAUAUUACUUGUGACCAAUCGACACAAAAUUUUCUUGCGGCACUCUUCAUCGCAACCUUCGGACACAAAGUUGUCAGUGGCUUUAUAAUAAUUCCUAAAUUUUUAUCGUUAAAAAAUUGCGUUAUUCAAACAUGAAUGAGUGAAAAGCAAACAAUUUAAAAAUGCGUAGAAGACUGUUGGUCAGAACCACUUACUUGAAGUACAGUUGAAAAAGUGCGUCAUCAUUUAACAUGCGCGAGAAAAAUUCAUCGAUUGUUUUCGGGCUUAAAUCGGCCAAGGCGUAUUCCUUUUUAGCCUGGUAAAGUUCAAACCAUUCGGGCAAAUGCAUCGGACCCUUUUCAUUGGCUUCAGUCAAAUUCAUCGUCCACGUACUGAAGUCCAACACGCUCUAGAAAUAAGAUUGAGAGAAGAAUCAUUAGUCACAUUUGAUACAACAUUUGACCAGAAACUAAUAUGACAACCCAACUGGAGUCUGGUCGUUGGCCAUCAAUGGUAUACACCCGGUAACUAGGACUCAGGUUUGUGAAGCUGGUCAGACUUCCCGCUAUGUAGGCAACAUUGAUAGGACGCGUGUCAUUUGUUUCAUCAUAGAAUAUUUUGAAUUCUUCAUUGUGAGUGUGUCCGUAAAAUUGAGCGGCGACUGUCGACUCGAAUCGAUUGAUAAUUUUGUCGAAUUCUCGACAGUAGAUUGUCCAACAGUCUUCAUUACCAGGUGGAAUGUGUGCGAUAAUAUGUACCUGUUUGUAGUCAUUUAAAUUAUGCAGUUUUUCUUAUUUUAAUCGUUUUGUCUUCCCUCGAAUACCUUUUCUUUCGCUGUUUCUGCGGCUUCGAGAGUCUUCGUAAGCCACGAGAGUAAAGAGGCCGGGUCUUUUGCCGAAGAAAGUGUCCACCAGUUGAAUGUGUAGCAAUAAUUUGUGUUUAAGGAAACAAUCCUGAGCCCCGGUUGAACUAAAGCAGUGUAAUAGCCUCCAUGGCGGAUCGUAGAAGAAGCUUCACUCGGAAGACCAAAUUUGGUCCAAAGACGCUCAGCAUCUUGAUACAACCAGCCGGUGCCAAGUUCUUGAUCCGUUAUUUCUGGUAUACGUGUUCACGGGAUGAGCAUCGUGAUUGCCCAAAGUUGGGUAGAUAGGCGUGUCGGGGAAGAAUCGUUUUACAAGAUUGAGUAAGCGUUCGUGGAUGAGCAUAUUUUCUUCUCGACUGGUUGACCAGAUAUCAUGUGGAACAAGGUCGCCAGUCCAGAUGAUGUGAUGCUUCGACAUUUGCUCGACCGAGUUUUCCAGAGUUCUCCAAGGUAAAUCACAUUUUCGGUAGUCACCCCAGUAUCCGGCCGAAUCUUCGUUUUUCGUUAUCGGACCCGAAGAAGCCCGACAACAGAGCGGAUUUCCACAGUUAGCAUUUGAACCUUCCAUAUACUCAGGAUCCCAGUGAGGAUCGGCCAAAUGGAGAACUUUGAUGGUUGGCAUCUCUGCCUAUAGGCCGAAAGGUAAGCAUAAAAACACUAUUGUAAAAUUCAUCGUUAUCUGCAACAUAUAGGUCAUACCGAAGGUAAAGUUAGUUGAACCACAUCCGGUUUUGAUAUCGAACUUGGCGCGAUACUCCAUUCCAAUUUCUCGCGAUCAGAAAACGUGCAAUUUGCUUCUUGCAUAAGGAUACCGCAAACGUUUCCUGGAUCCACUAGUGAGUUAUUGUAGAUGUAUCUCACUGUGGGCUAGAAGGAAAUGAAUGAAUAAUUUAAGGAAUGAAAUGCCUCAAGGAGUUUUAUAGAAGCUAAAAAGUACUAAAAUAAUGAAUCUAAUUAUUCCCUUACGAUGGCGGCAGAGGCUACACCUCGACAAAUCUCUUCGUCGUAGAGACUCCGACUGAUACACGUUAAAGCGAUAUUAUCGACGAUGUCUUCAUCCGUAAGUCCAAUUUCGAAACUUUGGAAGAUACCCCGGACCACAAGAUUGCAAAGGGAACACGUCGGUAAAAUACUUUUCUGCUCACCUGAAGGCGCACCUGACAACCGGAUACGUUCAAUGAAAAAAGAUUGCUUGUAGAAAAUUUCACGAUGAGGUAAUAGCUACACGUUUGAUGAAUAUGUUAUCUUACCUUGAAUUGAAUGAUUGAUGAGAAUGACGAAACUCAAUCCGACGAAGGUCAGAAAAAGGGAACCCAUUUUUCUACAAGUUCACUCACACUUUUCUCAUGAGUCCAGUAGUACAAGAGACAAGGUAGACUGCUUGAGAGUGACUGUUGUCAGUGAACUUCUUGUAGUAAGAUUUCAAACAGGCUUUUAUUUUUUUUUUAAUUAAUUCCUUGGCGAUCCGCCUUUUCUCACACUAUACAUCGUCCUUCUACUAUUACAUGACCUGUUUUUCAAUGGCCCGAGGAACGUUACGCUCCACUUUCUCCAUCUUAAGAAUUUCUCUUGCUUAAUUUAUCCUUACUCGACAGAAUUGAUGCUUGCUGGAUGAAUCAGCUAAAAAAUAAACGUAGCUUUGACUUGUU